AUGGACAACUCUCCGCACUCCACCUCCCGUCUGCCGGUAUGCCUUGUCACAGGCGGCACCGGGCUCGUCGGGCAGGCUCUCCAGUCUAUUCUGCGGCGCGAACAAACGACCUCGCUUCCUUCUUCUUCCCCGUCUUCUUCUUCCCCGUGUUCUUCUUCUUGCUCUUCUUCUUCUUGCUCUUCUUCUUCUUGCUCUUCUUCUGAGAGGCACGCAGGCGUGGAGACGGUGCGUCUGUGCGGCAGAGGAUUCGAGUUCAUUUUCGUCGGCUCCCGCGAAGCGGAUCUGAGGUCCUUCGAGCCCACUGAGGCUCUCUUUCUGCGGUAUCGACCCGUUGCUUUGAUUCAUCUCGCCGCGCGCGUUGGCGGACUCUUCGAUAAUAUGUCGCACAACCUGGAGUUUUUUGAAGACAACAUGCACAUCAACGACAACGUCGUUCGCCUGGCGCACCGCUUCCGGGUGACGCGCGCGGUCUUCUGCCUGUCAACCUGCAUUUUUCCGGCGCACUGCGCGGAGUCUGGCGAGGUCAUGCGCGAAGAGCAACUCCACACAGGAGCGCCGCAUCCCUCGAACGAGGGAUACUCCUACGCGAAGCGGAUGCUGGAAGUCUCUGUGCGCCUCCAUCGCCGGCGCUUCGGCUACGCCUGGCGCUGCGUCUGUCCGACGAACCUCUACGGCCCCUUCGACCAAUUUUCGCUGGAGCGCGCCCACGUGCUCCCCGCGCUUGUUCACAAGGCUUUCCUCGCCUCCCGACACAAGACGCCUUUCGUCGUCGGCGGCAGCGGCGCGCCGCUGCGUCAGUUCGUUUUCAGCGAGGACGCAGGCGAAGUGAUUCUCCGCGUUCUCCAAGCGCCCACCCUCAGCGAGGAAGAAAGCUUCAUGAUCCUUGCGGCAGACGCCGACCAGAAUGAGCCCUCCAUCGCCUACUUGGCGGAGGUCAUCGCAGACAACUUCGGCCUGAAGAACGUGAUCGAGUUCGAUCGCUCCAAGCCCGACGGCAUCUUUCGAAAGACGGUUUCGAACGCGCGCCUCCGUCGCUUCCUCGGCCCGAAGUUUCAGUUCCUCUCCCUGGAGGAAGGCGUCCGCCGCACGGUUGCCUGGUUCGUGCAGAACGCGGAGCGCGCGCGCAUGUAG